CCUUGGCGCGGACACAAGUUUCACAGAAAGUGUCUGUUACCCUAUCCUCCAGGAGUUCUACCCCAUGGAUCAAGCCCUUCGACACCAUGCGCUUUGCUGCAUCAAUGGCUAUAUGGCCAAGGCGCUUGUGGAGUUCAGUGGCAGAUAUGCGCUCAACAGCUGCAUUGGCGCUUUCGUGGCGAAGAUUUGUGCCUCGCGACUGGUACACACCACCUACUUUAGACGGCCUUGUAGCCUGCCUUAUCCAUACAGCCUAUGGAAACUAGGGUGUAGGCCAAAUUUGAGAAGGAGUCUUGGUUUGCCACGCUUAUAGGGUAAGGUGCAAUUGUGCGGUAAUUGAGUAGGAGGUGUUGAUGGGGGGUGAAGUGGCUCGUAGCGCCAGAGUCAUAGAUUUCAAUGGGACUCUUGGGCCUCGCGUUCAUGGCGAGUUG